UUUCAUCUCAACGUUAAAACGGUCGCGUAGAAACCAUCAACGAUAGGGAAUGCUAUGAAUUUCCCAUAUCUUACUAGCUUCUCCGAACGUGUCGUUGCUCCUCUUCAUGCCACAGUUCCCACUACAAUUAUCAGGGGCAAUAAGGCGGAGAGUUUUGCAAUUGAAGGGCGUAAUCUGAGAUUCUCAUUCACGACGAGGCAAACGCAAGAUGUGCCUGUUCUUAGGGAUUGUUCAAUUCGCAUUCCUUGCGGGCAGUUUUGGAUGCUUCUUGGACCCAAUGGGUGUGGAAAAUCUACCCUCUUGAAGAUUUUGGCUGGUCUCUUGACCCCAACUUCAGGAACAGUGAAUGUGAAUGAACCUAAAAGUUUCGUUUUCCAAAAUCCAGAUCAUCAGGUGGUGCUGCCUACUGUGGAUGCUGAUGUUGCAUUUGGUCUUGGUAAGAUCGAUUUGACUCACGAUGAAGUCAGGUCUAGGGUGUCGAGAGCUUUGCAUGCUGUAGGGCUGACUGACUACAUGAAGAGAUCUGUCCAAACUCUGAGUGGUGGUCAGAAGCAGAGGGUUGCCAUUGCUGGUGCUCUAGCAGAAGCUUGUAAAGUUCUGUUGUUGGAUGAGCUCACCACAUUCUUAGAUGAAACUGACCAGAUGGCUUGCACUUUUCAUUUAAGGUCGGGGUUAUCAAAGCUGUCAGGAACUCUGUGGAUACCUCUGCAGAAGUUACGGCAUUAUGGGUCACCCAUCGUUUGGAAGAACUAGAAUACGCAGAUGGUGCCAUCUACAUGGAGGAUGGAAAAGUUGUCAUGCAUGGAGAUGCCGCUAGCAUUAGGAGUUUCAUUGAAGCCAGACAAUCUGCUUAUAUAAACCAGAUCAAUUCUUAAAUAUGUCUUCUUUGUUUCUGAGAACGAUUCCCGUUAGUCCUUGAAACUAAAUUAACAUGAUUAGGAGGAGGCAACACCACAGUAUCUCAUCUUAUGCUGUCCUUUUAAAAAAUUUCAAAUAAGGAGAGCGAUUUUAAAAUACUCUUUUUUGUAGUUCAAAUUCUUGAAUAUGAAUACGAUGCUGAAGAAUUACUCCAA